AUGUUGGGCGCUGGAUUGCAGCAUGGACGUAGUAGUGGUGGAGAGGAUAGGUUUUACAUGCCGGCGAAAGCGAGAAGGAUUCGUCAGCAUCAAGAGAACCUCCAUAGAGCUCAAAGUAACGUUACUCUGACACAAUCUACGACAUCUUCUGUUAGGGAGGAGCCGGAGAAUCAACUCAUGCAGCCAUCAAAUCCGGAGCCGUUGGAAUCCUCAGUGGUGGCGGUGCCGACAACAUCAUCGUUGUGUAAUCUUGAACGGUUUUUGGAAACUGUUAUGCCUUCUGUUCCUGUUCAACAUCUCUCCAAGCAGAGAACUAUGAGAGGAUGGAGGACAAGUGAUGUGGAAUAUCAACCAUACUUUGUUCUUGGUGAUUUGUGGGAAUCUUUCAAGGAGUGGAGUGCUUAUGGUGCUGGAGUUCCUUUAAUAUUGAAUGAAGCUAAUUGUGUGAUCCAAUAUUAUGUGCCUUAUUUAUCUGGAAUUCAAAUAUAUGUAUACCCUUUGAAGUCUUCAAUAAAUUCCAGGCAACUAACUGAGGAUAUUGAUGAUAACUCAUUUACGGAUUCAAGUAGUGAGGGGAGCAGUGAUUAUGAACAGGAAAAGGGUUCUUUACAUUAUCUAAGGGAGAAGAGUAAUAAUCAUCACCCAAAGAAUGGCAUUCUUCACCGAAUAGAUCAUUUGUCAAUGAAUGAUGAGAACAAUUUAGUUCAAGAAGACUUUUCUAGUGAUGAUAGUGAUUCUGCCACCACUCAAAGUUGCUUGAUAUUUGAGUACAUGGAACAUAGUCAGCCUUUGGGCAGAGAACCUUUGUGUGAUAAGAUACUUGAUCUUGCACAACGUUUCCCUGAAUUGAAAAGUCUAAGAAGUUGUGACUUGCUGCCAUCUAGUUGGCUUUCUGUCGCUUGGUACCCAAUAUACAGAAUUACCAUGGGGCCCACCUUGAAAGAUCUUGAUGCUUUUUUUCUAACUUUUCAUCCCCUUCACACUCCUACUACAGGCAAUGAAUGUGAGCAUCCACCUGUUGUAAGGCAUUUCAGUGGGACGGGUGUGGUCUCAUUACCAGCAUUUGGUCUUGCUUCAUACAAAUUCAAGGCACCACUGUGGGUCCCCAAUGAGUUGAAAAGACUAGAAUGCCCUGAUGGACUAUUCACUAUUCUAUAUGUGUUUGUUACUUACAUAGAAGUACUAGUGUUGAAAAGACUAGAAUGCCCUUAUCAUGUGAUGUGUCAAUAA